CUGGACUGGUUCUUCAGUCUGCUCCAGGCGUUCGAGUUAAUCAAGUGUGAUUCUUUGUUGCUGACCAAGAGAGACUAAUGGUCACUGAUAGUUCGAAAUGACCCAAUACUAUCGGUUGUUACAGGCUGUUCUGCUGGCCCUGGCAUCGUCGCAGGUCCUCGCUAGUGGCCUUCCUGCAGAUUGUGGCCAGCGGAAGCACAUGUACACCAAUUUGAUUGUCAAGGGCAAGGAAGCAAAGGCAGGCAACUGGCCGUGGCACACGGCGAUCUUCCAUCGUGUGGAUUCUGUGUUUGAGUACAAGUGCGGUGGAACGAUCAUUGAUAAGAAUACUAUACUCACAGCGGCUCACUGCGUUCGCUUGUCGAAUGGCAUCAUCCCCAGCGAAAAGCUCUCGAUACAGGUGGGUCGAAACCAACUGCUAGUGGCGGACGAUCGUGCGGCGGAGCAUGCAGCGAGUCGGAUUCUGGUGGACAAACGCUACCAGAGCGGUGCCGUAGACCACGACAUUGCGCUUAUCAAACUGGCAACCGAUAUCCAGUUCACGGAUUACAUUCAACCCGUGUGUCUGUGGAACAGAGGCGAAGAUCGGCUGUUGAUCCGAGAGCGGGAAGGUACGAUCGUUGGGUUUGGGGCGACGGCAACCUCCGGCUUCUCGGAGGUAUUGAACGAAGCACAGCUUCCAGUGGUUGAUAAUCAGAUAUGUUUGGAAAGUAAUAGGGAGAUAUUUGCGCGAACCCUUACCAACAAUAUGUACUGCGCGGGACGGCGUAACGGUGUCAAUGCCUGCAAUGGUGACAGCGGAGGAGGAAUGUUCUUUUUGAUCGGUGAGCACUGGUUUGUGCGAGGAAUUGUAUCGUUCUCGCCCGUUGUUGAGAGUACCGGUGCAUGCGAUCCGCAGGAAUACGUCGUGUUCACCGAUGUUGCUCGAUACGUCGACUGGAUUGCUCACCAGUUGAACGCAUCAUUCGUUGAGGCUCCUGCUCGAUCCGAUGUGCACCCAAAAUUGAAACUUCUCAAACAGGAUAUCUGUGGGACCAAUACUUAUCCGUUCCACAAGGAAACAGAGAAACCAGUGUUUCUUACGUAUCCAUGGGUAGGCUUGAUAGAAUACACCAAGCAAGGUGGAACUGAGACCAAAACCCUCUGUCAUGCGAUUCUGAUCAGCGAUCGUUAUCUAGUGACAGCUGCCCAGUGUGUUUACAACACCAAAAACUACAAACCAACCUCGAUCCGAUUGGGUGAUUAUGAUACUUCCACUGACCAGGACUGUGAUCAACUUGACGGGACCGUGGUAUGUGCUGAUCCCAUCCAAACGUUACCCAUCGAAACCAUCACCGUUCACCAGCAAUACAACAAACCACGUUACGCCAACGAUAUCGCACUGAUUCGACUUCGAAGGCGCGCGGACAUCACCCCGGAGAAUGUACGACCCGUCUGUCUGCCACUCUCCAAAGCGCUUCGGAGCCACAAGCCGCCCACCUUCACGAGAACCGGCUGGAAGGGAAGCAACAGUCAGACAACCAUGCAGCGCUCCCAGGUGAACGUCGUUGAAUCCGUGGCCUGUCAGCGUCUGUACAACGCGAAUCGUGUCCGGCUGGAGAAGACUUUCCGCCAGAUUUGUGUCGAGCGGGACCCGGUGCCGGCGAGUGGUACCUGUGUGUUCGACAGAGCCGCUGCGCCCCUGCAAUCCGUCCAAACGGUGGACGCUAGCCCGCGGUACGUGCUCCAUGGAAUACUCACCCUCGGUCCCAACAAGUGUCACCUGAACUAUCCCGAUGUGUACACUAACAUAGGCACCUACUUGGAGUGGAUAUUGGACAAUUUGCAGGAGUGAGCAAAAACGGGGACAGAUUGUUUUUUUAUCUCUCUUAUUUUAUUCCAUUAAAUGCUAUGAUUUGUUUUAUCGAUAGGUGAGAUUAUACACGUGUGUAGUAAACUUAAUACUGAUUAGAAAUAAAUACACCACUUUCAAA